AUAGUGUCCUGUUUUUCUCUUAUUCUCAAUUUUGAAUUUCAAAACCCAACGGCUCUUUGCACAAUGCAGUCAGCAGCAUAAGCCACGGCCACCACCCCACUACCACCACUCAUCCCAUAUCUCAAAAACUCCCCAUUAAAAGUAGCAAUCUUUUUUUGUUUUCAAGUCAUUUUUAAACCAGUUUCCCCUCAUUAAUAAGUCUAUUUUAACUUCUUUUCCCUUCAAAGUGAAGCAUUAGUUUGGGUAGUUAACAAGAACUUUCACUUUCUUCUUUAACUCUUCCUUUGUUUCUUUAUUGCAUUGAUGUCUACAAAUAUUUUUAACUCUUUUUGUUUCUUUAUUGCAUUGAUAUCUACAAAUACUUUUACUUAAAAGUAGUAGGCUUACUACUAUAAGUUUUUGACUUCCCGAAAGUUGAAUGCUUUGUUGUCUGAAAUUUUCGUCUUCCCUUUAUCUUCCUUAAAACAAAGUUUGUUUUUGCUUGUUCUCUUGGGUAGAAACUGAAGCUGGUUUUCUUGAAAACAACAAAAUGGGUGGUUCUGGAAAAUGGAUCAAGGCUUUGAUAGGAUUCAAGAAGUCUGAAAAAGAUGAUCAUGAGAAGACGGGUGGAAAGGGUAAGAAAUGGAAGCUAUGGAGAGGUUCAUCAGGUGAUCUUGGGGGGUCUUCAUGGAAGGGUUUGAAGUACAGAAAUGGUGGUGAUGGGUCAGAAGGGUCUGAUUCUUCAUCAGUGAACAAUGAUGCUUAUACAGCUGCUGUAGCCACUGUGGUCAGAGCUCCUCCCAAAGAUUUCAGAGCUGUGAGAGAAGAAUGGGCCGCAAUCAGGAUUCAAACUGCAUUUCGUGGAUUCUUGUCUAGAAGAGCAUUAAGGGCCUUGAAAGGAUUGGUAAGGCUUCAAGCUCUUGUUCGGGGCAGACAAGUAAGAAAGCAGGCUGCAGUGACUCUUAGGUGUAUGCAAGCUCUGGUUCGGGUACAAGCCCGAGUUAGAGCUCGUCGUGUCCGUAUGUCCAUCGAGGGGCAGGCUGUGCAGAAGUUACUAGAGGAACACCGUGGAAAACUUGACCCCGUGAAAGAAGCUGAGGAAGGAUGGUGUGACAGUAAAGGUACUCUUGAAGAGAUCAAAACAAAGAUACACAUGAGGCAAGAGGGGGUCUUAAAGAGAGAAAGAGCACUAGCAUACGCUCAAGCUCAAAAGUCUAAAUCAAGUCAGAAUUUUGAUUCUAGAACUGCUAUCUCGGUCCCAUCUUUCAAAGGUCUUGAUUAUGAUAAGAGUAACUGUGGAUGGAGUUGGUUAGAACGUUGGAUGGCAGCAAGACCAUGGGAGAACAGAUUGAUGGAACAAACAUAUACUGAUUCUUUGGAGACCACACCAAAGUCCAAGGCUUGCUUAGAGACUCUCAAGGAUAAAGUCAAUCAAUUGAAGAUAUCUGAAAUAUGCUUCAUCAAAGUGAAAAAGAACAAUGUCACCAAAAGGAUAUCAGCUAAACCUCCACUGGUGGGGCAUACUACUCGUUCUUCUUCAAGCCCAAGUUCUGAAUUUCGAUAUGACGACAGUACAUCUUCUUCAUUCUGCACAUCAACAACACCGAUAUCUGGAAACACGAUGUUGGCAUCUGAUAGAACUGAAGAUAGUAAUAGCGGUAAACCAAAUUACAUGAGUCUAACUGAGUCAACCAAGGCCAAGCAGAGAAAUCAGAGUAUCCUUAGACAGUCCAUGGAUGAGUUCCAAUUUCUUAAGCUCAUUAAUGGUGACUCAAAGAGUUGUGCUGGUUGUCAUCCUUCAGUCAAUUUCUCAAGGCCUCUCUGUCUUCCUACUAGAAUGGACAAAUUCUCUAGAUUAGGGGACAAACGGAAUUGUGUCUUUGAGUAAUAGAAUGACUAGGCUAGAUAACCAAUACAACAGCUUGUUGUUGUCAAAAAAAAAAAAGGAAUU